AUGAAGAUCACAGCGCCUGGUCACCAGUACGGUGACAGCGGCAGCGGUGGCGCUCUUUUCAGUUCCAAGUCCCGUUCCCCUCCCUUCUUGGCCAUUGCACUCAUCGUCCUCGCGGCAGCAGGCCCACGGCCAGGGCCGCAAUGCUGUGAUGUGAUGAGUUUUAGAGUUUCGACAAUUCCAAGGCCUUUUGGCAUCGAAUUCCCAACCAAGACACAACAAAUCACAACCCACACAGCUUCGUUUUCACCGAAACUUAGUGCAACACAACGCCAUCGUCGCCUUCCCUCCCCUCCCUCCACAUUUACUCCUCUGAUUCUUCGUCCCCGCAUCCUCUCAAGCUCACCCUGCUCUUCUGCAUUCCUCGGAGGACCUCGCAGAAUUUUGACGAUAAAAAUAGGAAGAAUGGCUGCAGCUGCAACUCCUACUGCAGGUGUGGCAAGGGCCAGGACUUGCAUCUCAUCCCCCCAUAAAAUGUUGAUGUCGAGGGCAGCAAUUCUGAGUACAGCGUCCAAAGAUGCAUCUAUGACUAAGUUUUCAAGCUCUUCUUGCAUCUCAUUGAGCCAUUCCUUCUUACAGAAGCCUAAUUCAGUGAUUCUGAAAUCUAAACGAGUUGUCACAACAAAAGCAGUCUCCUCGGCAAAUGAAACCAGCCCCUUGCCAGGACUUCCUAUCGAUUUAAGAGGUAAGAGAGCUUUCAUUGCUGGUAUAGCUGAUGACAAUGGGUAUGGUUGGGCUAUUGCCAAAUCACUUGCAGCAGCUGGUGCUGAAAUUCUUGUCGGUACAUGGGUGCCUGCUUUGAAUAUAUUUGAAAGCAGCCUACGACGAGGAAAGUUCGAUGAAUCUCGUGUAUUACCGGACGGUUCUCUGAUGGAAAUUACCAAAGUGUAUCCAAUGGAUGCGAUUUUUGAUGGCCCUGAGGAUGUUCCUGAAGAUAUAAAAACAAACAAGCGCUAUGCAGGAUCCUCCAAUUGGACUGUUAAGGAGCUUGUUGAAUCAGUGAAACAGGAUUUUGGCUCUAUCGACAUCCUUGUCCACUCUCUUGCUAAUGGUCCAGAGGUCGCCAAGCCUCUUCUGGAGACUUCGAGGUUUGGAUACCUUGCAGCCAUCUCUGCAUCAAGUUACUCCUUCAUAUCCCUCCUGCAGAACUUCGUUCCUAUAAUGAAUCCAGGUGGUGCAACAAUUUCCUUGACCUACAUUGCUGCGGAAAGGACCAUUCCUGGUUAUGGUGGUGGAAUGAGUUCAGCCAAGGCUGCACUGGAGAGUGACACACGUGUGCUUGCCUUUGAAGCUGGAAGAAAGCACAAUAUCAGAGUCAACACAAUAUCUGCAGGUCCCUUGAGAAGUCGGGCUGCAAAAGCAAUCGGUUUUAUCGAUAUGAUGAUUGAGUACUCAGAAACCAAUGCGCCCCUCCUGAAAGAACUAUCUGCAGAGGAAGUAGGGAAUGCUGCUGCUUUCCUGGCUUCGCCUUUGGCUUCAGCCAUCACCGGAACUGUCUUGUAUGUCGACAAUGGUCUAAAUGCCAUGGCCGUUAGCACUGACAGCCCAAUACUUGAAGAGCUCCACGUUCCAAAAGAGAAAUAAACACACCUAAGCAGGAAAUAGCCCAGAGCUUCUAAAUUUUGUUAUUUUGUUGUUAAUUUCAGAGUAAACAAUAAAUGCUGCUCUUUCUAUCUCGUUGGACUUGUGUAACAUUUUUACAUAUGCAGAGAGCUGAUUUCAGUUGAAUCGAACACAGAGCGAACAAACAACUUUGUGUAACAUCUUAAGCAUGAAACUUUGUUUUGUAGUGAAGCUUUCUGCAGAGCCUGAACUUGGGAAUAAUCUACAAUUAUGCUCCUUGAGAUUCUAGACAGCGGAGCUGGCUUCUUGAGUCCUAUGUGGCAUCAGCUCCUUACCAUCCCCGACUGAAGAGCACAUCAACUGCCAAUCACUGUAGUCGAAUUUGAAGACAAAAUGCCGGUAAGAAACGUCGCCGGAGGCAAUCAUAGUGGCUGAUGGUGCAUUCCUCGGAGAGACUAUAUGGCGACCAGAUUCAUCAUCAACUUGA